UAUAUCCUGGGCCUCGCUGCCGUUCGUUGUUCCCGGGAACGGAAGGAGCUGAGUGUUCGAAUGUUAGGUUGGAAGACGCGGUGGGGAACGUCGCUCUGAAGAUGUCUACCUGUGCCUUCCAACUCAAGAACGGGAACUAUGUAGAAACGUAGGGUGAAGAAGAUUUUGGAGCUGUGUUUGAGUACCCUGAACACCGCUCUCUAGUGCACCCAGCUAUGGUCUCCCAGCAUCUCUCUGAGCCUGAAGAACCACACAAACUUCCAUCCUCUAAUGAGACCGAACUCGAUGGAGACAAUGACUCCGGUAUAGAAGAUGAACUCAGACAGGAAGGAAAAGACUCUACCAUCUUUUUGGCUUUCAAAGGAAAUAUCGGAGACGAAGACUUUAAGGAGAAGCUAACGAAGAUCCUGCAUAACGUGCCCAACCUAAUUAGCAUGGAGUCCAGCCAUCUGAAGGUUCAGAAGGUGGAGCCGUGGAACAGCGUCCGGGUCACGUUCAACAUCCCGAGAGAAGCGGCCGAGCGACUGCGGCUCCUCGCUCAGAGUAACAACCAGCAGCUGCGGGAUCUAGGAAUUCUGUCUGUCCAGAUAGAAGGGGAAGGAGCUAUUAACCUGGCACUAUCUCAAAAUAGAGGUCAAGAAGUGCGGAUGAAUGGGCCCUUGGGAGCCAACAACACAAUGAGAAUGGAUGCUGGGUUUGCUAUGCAAAGUGGGACAGGCCUGAUCAGGAUGAACAAUCCGGCAGCACCUAUGAUGUCCCAGGGUCCUCAUGUAUCUUCUGCUAUGAUGGCUGCCAGCGGCAGUUCCGAAAUGCAGCCACGGACCCCUAGACCUUCCCAACAAGACGCCAUGGAUCCCCUAACAUCCGGCAUGACGGUUCAGCAGCAGGGUCAUCCAUCUGGCUCAAUGGCACCCCAACUGCAUCCCAUGCAGACAGCUGUAGCUAACAGACCCAUUAAUCCUGCCAAUUUCCAACAGUUUCAGCAACAAGCUCGGCUACCCCAACAUCAACAGAUUGCCCAGGGGCUGCGCCCCUCUUUUGCCACUCCUGCACAAGUCCCAGUUCCCCCAGGUUGGAACCAGUUAGCUUCUGGAGCGCUGCAGCCUCCUCCCGCUCAGGGAGCUAUGGGAGCGGUGACCCUCAACCAAGGCUGGAAAAAGUCUCCCUUGAGUGGAGGUCCCAUGCAGCAGCAACAGCAGUUCCAGCAGAGACCUUCCCUGUCUACGGUGCAGACCCCCUCACAUCCUCCUCCCCCCUAUCCAUUUGGCAGCCAGCAGGCGUCUCAGGCGCACGCUAACUUCUCAUCCAUUUCCAACCCAAAUCAGUUUAACGCGACCCCGAUGAAGCCUCUGCAGGGUAAUCCAGCCAGGGCUCCAACUCCUCUGCAGCAGCCUCACCUCACCAGCAAGUCCCCGGCCUCCUCACCUUCGUCUUUUCAACAAAGCUCCCCGGCGUCCUCCCCCACAGUGAACCAAACGCAGCAGCAGCAGCAAGCGAUGGGACCACGCGGUGCUCCGGGCAGCGGGAUGCAGCAGAGCUUCCAGCAGCAGCCAGUGAGCUCCCCCGGCCGCGGCGGGAUGAUGCCCCAGGGGACUUCGCCUGGAAACUUUAUGAUGCAGAAUCAGGGUCCACAGGGAAUGCAUUCAGGAGUCCCCAAAAGGCUUCCCCCAGGUUUCCCGUCAGCACAGGGAAACGUAAACUUUGUUGCGGGCCAAACCCCUCCAAGCAUGGCAGGAUCGCCAGUCAAUGGCACGGCAUUGCAGCAGCAAGGGAACGGUACUGGACAGGGAACAGGUGGUCAGGCAAACGGAUCAUCCCACAAUCAGAUGCAAGGUACAAAUGGGGGUCCUAAUCUUAUGCAGACCAACAUGAUGGCUCUUCAUAACAACCUGAAUAACCAGCAGACGAGUGGUAGUGGGGUGAGCCAGGUCAAUGUUUCUGGCCUUCACGCACAGGGCCAGCAAGGACCACAAUCCCAGUUAAUGGGUAUGCAUCAGCAAAUCAUUUCCUCCCAAGGUCAAAUGGUUAGCCUUCAGGGGCAGGCCCCUCUGAACACACAGGGUCAGCUGGUACUUUCUCGGACACCUCUCAUGACCCAAGGACAAAUGAUGGGAACAUCUCAAAACCAGAACAUCGGCCAAGCGCCUCAGAGAGUGACGCCACCCAAACCAAUGAUUCCUUCUCACAACCAGCUGAUGACAUCCCAAGGUCAAGCCUUAAUGCAGCAGAACCCUGCGGUGGAGCAGAUUAUACAGGGUAAACAGGGUUUCAACACCCAGAACCAAGCAGGUGUCAUGUCAGGGCCUAGUUCGAUAAUAAGGGGACAAGCGCCAAACAUGACCAACAAUAUGGUUCAGUUCUCAGGACAAGCAGUUUCUCAGCAGGGCUCGGUAAGCACUAAUCCACCACAAGGGAUGAAUAUGCAGGGUCAGGUUCUCAGGCAGACAGUUCCUGGACAACAUCUACAGCAACCACUUGGAGAGACGGCCAAUCAAGCUGGUGGGGACUUAACCUCCAUGAUGCCAGACCUCUCCAUGCAGCAGACCGGCAACAUGGCAGCCCAGCACAUGCAAAAUAUGCCGGGCAACAGUGGACUCGGGCAACACUUUGCGGGUCACGGUCUACCUUUCAGCUCUCCGUUUUCUCAAGGUGGCAAUGGGAGCCAGAUGGCCUGCGGACAAAAUCCAAGUUUUCCGGUCAAUAAAGAUGUCACGCUGACCAGCCCCUUGCUGGUCAACCUCCUGCAGAGUGAUAUCUCGGCCGGACACUUUGGUGUGAACAGCAAGCAGAACAACGCCAAUGCGGCUAAACCCAAGAAGAAGAAGCCUCCGCGGAAGAAAAAGAAUCCGCAAGGGGAAGAACAGAUGAGCUCCACCGAGGCGCGCAUGGAUGACUCUGACCAAACUUUAAUAGCAGGAGAUCAAGGAGGUUCCCUAGAUGGUGGCCAGAAACUUUCUGAAUUUGCAAACAGGCCACCAGGUUAUCCAGCUCAGUCGCUCGAGCAAAGGCAGCUACAGCAGAUUCCUCCCCAGCUAAUGCAGCUGGGACAGCAGCAGGGCCAGGGUGGCCAGGCUCAGCAGCCAACACCUCCUCAACAGAUGAUGAUGAUGCUCAUGAUGCAGCAAGAGCAGAAACCAGUGAGGCUUCCCGGACAGCAAGGGGUGUUCAACCCUAGACCGGCAAUGAACUCUGAUGCACAGAGGAUGCCCAUGCAGCAAGGUGCUAAUAUGCCCGUGAUGGUGAGUUUGCAGGGUUCUGGCCCUGUACCACCUUCACCGGACAAGCAAAGAAUGCCUAUGGCAGCCAAUGUGUCUUUGGCAAGCAGUGGAAGAAAGAUGAGCUUCCCGGAGAGUGGCCAGAAUCAGUCUGGAUCACCCCUUGGUGAGGGUUCGUCUGCAGCAUCUCUUCCGGAUGUUCCAGAACAUCCUGCAACUCCUGGACCGCAAAGCAACAUGGCCCCUCAUUUACUUCUUUCCCAGAACCAGCUUAUGAUGGCAGGAUCCAAGCCAGGAGCCUCUUCGUCAAUGUCGAUGGUACAAGGUGCAAGUCCCCAGCAACAGCAGCACUCUAACGCCAUGCCUGGAUCUCAUGGCCACCAUUUCCAAAGUGUGCAGACUCCAUCACAGACAUCACGGCCCAAGACACCAAACCGGGCGAGUCCUAGACCAUACUAUCCACAAACACCCAACAAUCGUCCUCCUAGUACAGAGCCUUCUGAGAUUAGUUUGUCUCCAGAAAGACUCAAUGCCUCUAUUGCCGGCCUCUUCCCUCCUCAGAUUAAUAUUCCAUUGCCCCCCAGGCCAACGUUAAACAGGGGGUUUGAUCAACAAGGUUUGAACCCAACAACAUUAAAAGCCAUCGGACAAGCUCCUCCAGGGUUGACUGUAAACAACCAGUCUAGUUUUGGUCAACACAUAAACAAGGUGGAUAAUGGGGGAACUAAACAGUCCAAUUCUGGGGGAAGCAAAAGGGCAAGCCCAAGCAACAGCAGACGUUCGAGCCCGGCUUCCAGUCGCAAAACCACACCAAGCCCCGGCAGGCAGAACUCUAAGGCAGCCAAGAUGGUGCUCGGAGUACAACAGAACCCUGGACUGUUGCACAGCAUGGAGAUGCAAAGAAAUGCGCUAGCUGGGCAGACUUCAGUUCAGAAUCCAACCCUUGGAUCUACAAUUGGGCAGUACCCACCAGUCUGUAUGCCAACUACAAGCAACCCUGCAGACGAUACCAGAGAGAGUCCGUCAGUAACGCAAGAGAGUUCCACUCAGGCAAUGCAGAUGGGUGGAAAGGAACAAGGCUCUCUGGACAUCAACACUGUCCACCAAGAGAAGAAGCUGCCGUCCCCUGAGGAAUCGGCCAGAAAAGAUUCCCAGUCCAUGGAUGCAAGUAAAGCUUACGCUGCAGAAGACAACAAAACUGGUAUCUCCCCAGCCAUGAGAGAUGCUCCAACAUCAUUGAGUCAAUUACUUGACCAUUCAAAUGUCUCCCAGUCUCACCAUUCAGGUGCCUCACAAUCUCAACAUUCAAAUGGCCCCAGUCUCACCAGUAAACCCACCGGUCAAUUAAAUGAACGCUCCCCUCACCAGAUGUCCACAGAAGACUCGAAAGUAGCAGAUCUCCCUGCACUGUCAAGUGAUGUGUUUGGUACGGAAGUCACAGGUGGCCCUAACCCUGCCCCAAAUACAGAGCCAUGCACAACACAAGCAAGGCCAGAUGCACUGGAUGUCAAUUCUAAUGUCUCAAUGAACCUUCCUGCUUCCCAGCUUAAGAGAACUGGUGGCCCGACCUCACUUUCCAGUUCUAUGCCUCCAAACCAGAUAACUGUCUUUGUGACAUCGAAUCCUAUCACUCCCUCUGCCAGCGUGUCUGCCCCCAUGACCUCUCACCUUCAACAAUCCUUGGUGCCCACAGUAGUGAAUAUGCCCAAUAUGGGUAAUAAGGCCAUGGUAUCCGAGGCUCAGCAAAGUGCUACAUCUAGUGCACGACCUCAGUUUAUCACUCCGGUGUUCUUCAAUUCCUCCUCUAUCAUCCAAGUCAUGAAAGGAUCUCAAGGCAACAUGCCACAGCCUGCCGUGGCUCAGAAUACUAACAUGAUGUCUCAGUCCGUCACAGUUGUGGGACCCUUGCAUAUAUCACAGAAUAUUCAGUUCCCUCCUGGUCAACCUUCCUCUGCCUCACCUUCCAAUGUUACCUCCAGCACAUCUACCACUCGACCAGUUCAUUCUAACCAGAUGCAGACCACUUCCCAACUCGCAUCGUCCCCAUCACUUCUUCCCACGUUUCCUGCACACACGCAGGUUAAGGAAAGCGGCUUGGAAGACGCCAACGCUCAGUCAAGCGCACCUCCUGACCUGUGCUCUCCUAAAUCUUUACAACCCACACCACCCUCAGUUCCUGACAGCAGCCAAUGUCCCUCUGCUAGUGGCAAGAGAAGCUCAUCCGCGCCGUCCAGUGAUCAGUGCACGUUAGACAAGUUCAGUCAGCUCCUGCUCGUCAAGACCGGUUACAAAGAUGGAUCCGCAGAAGAUAAACUCCCUACGGAUCUUGGAAGCCCACACACCGUUGGCACAGAAGCCGGGAACCCUGUCGUGCCACCCUCACUAGCCAGUCAGCCCAUUUCAGAGAUCAGCCACACUCCCGUGCUCUCUUUGGAUCCAACAUGCCCUGCAAAUAGUCCUCCAGCAGACAUCAUGGCUUCCCCAUCCGACAUUCAUCCUGCAUUAGAGGGGGAAAACGGGAGCCGGAACGUCGCCUUUACAGAGCAGGCUGGCAUCUGCACGGAAGACAACCCAACAGAACAACAUCCAGAAAAAGCUUCCCAGUGCGCCAGUCAGGAAGAAGCGGCUGUACGUGACAAGGAGAGCGUUCCAGAAAAAGCAGAGGCAGACCCACCAGAGACCACUGAAAGUGAGCCAGCGGAAAGGUCCAGGCCCCCGAGUCGCAGGAAUUCCAAAGUCGACGAGUCUCCGGCCCCCCAGGAAACAGUAGAAGGUGGUCAGCGGAAGCGCUCUGCCCGUCCCAGCUCAGCCUCCGGCUCCACCAAAGAAUCCGGAGCCAGCCCCCCUCAACCCAAACGGAGGAAAUCCAAGUAGAUUUUUGCCCCCCCAUUCUCUUUUUCAUACCCUCUGACCUCUGUAUAUGUGCGUGCGCUGCGAUAGAUCUCUAUUUUUUUAUCUAUGGGAGCUUAAAAUUAUUGUACAGUUUUUUGUUUUUGUUUCUGUGAAGGUAAUUUUAAUUAUUAUAAAUUUAGAUAUUUUUAAAUAUUGUUAUUGAUCCAGUGCUUAACCCCUUCGUGAAGUUAACCAUUACUUGGUCGGUGCA